AGAGACUCAACAAGAAUCGAAGCCUCCCCAUCAUGCAUACAAUAGCUUCAAGACAAAGAGCAACGAACGAUAGACCCAUCUUCACACACACAACACACAAUAUCCUUGUUUUUUAGCAUUUUUCUCACAGCCCACCUGGUUCCAGUACUAUUCUCUUUGUAUUUUCAUCGUGGUGUUUCGUGUGGUCCUUUGAUUUUUUUAGUUUUUGUGCAUUUUUUAAACGAACAUCGUUUGUUCUCCAUUUUUUAGUUUUUGGGUUUUCUUGAAGUAAUUGAACUGGGGACUGUGUAACUCCUCUGAACCAUCUUUGUUUUUGUUCAAAUUGAAGUAAGUAAAUAAGUUUGAGUUUUUUUUUUCCCAUGUUCCUGAGACGCCCUGUGAUGGACAUUGAAGAUUGGAAUGGUGUCAAUCCAAUCAAGAAGGAAUCAUGGAGGACAGUCUUGAUUUUAGCUUAUCAGAGCUUGGGCGUUGUAUAUGGAGAUUUAAGCACUUCACCGUUAUAUGUAUACAAAAGCACUUUUGCAGAGGACAUUCAACAUUCAGAGUCCAAUGAGGAGAUAUAUGGAGUCCUGUCCUUCGUGUUCUGGACAUUGACUCUUAUUCCUCUGCUUAAAUAUGUGUUCGUAGUGCUUAGAGCCGAUGAUAAUGGUGAAGGAGGGACGUUCGCUUUGUAUUCACUGUUAUGCCGGCACGCCCGAGUGAGCACUUUGCCCAAUAAUCAGCUGGCUGAUGAAGAGCUAUCGGAGUACAAGAACGAUGGUAUUGUAUCCUCUAAUAAGGGUUUAGGGUUGAGCUUAAGAUCGACAUUGGAGAAGCACAGAGUGUUGCAGAAGAUAUUGCUUAUCCUUGCUUUGAUUGGGACUUGUAUGGUUAUUGGAGAUGGAGUCCUCACCCCUGCAAUCUCUGUUUUUUCAGCAGUUUCUGGGCUUGAGCUUUCCAUGUCAAAGGAGCACCACCAAUAUGUGGAAGUCCCAGUCGCCUGUAUCAUACUGAUAUUUUUGUUUUGCCUCCAGCAUUAUGGGACCCACCGAGUAGGAUUUCUGUUUGCACCUGUCGUGAUAACCUGGCUUUUAUGCAUCAGCGCCAUUGGAGUAUACAACAUAUUUUACUGGAAUCCCCAUGUUUACCAAGCACUUUCUCCUUAUUAUAUGUACAAAUUUUUGAAGAAAACUCAAAGAGGAGGUUGGAUGUCCUUGGGUGGGAUUCUAUUGUGCAUAACAGGUUCAGAGGCUAUGUUUGCUGAUCUUGGACAUUUUUCACAGUUGUCUAUAAAGAUUGCUUUUACCUGCGUGGUUUACCCAUCCUUGAUUCUUGCAUAUAUGGGACAAGCUGCUUAUCUUUCCAAGCAUCACAUUAUCGAAACUGACUACCGGAUUGGCUUCUAUGUAUCAGUACCUGAGAAAAUAAGAUGGCCUGUUCUGGCAAUAGCCAUACUUGCUGCAGUGGUCGGAAGCCAAGCCAUCAUCACUGGGACUUUUUCCAUCAUUAAGCAGUGCUCUGCUUUGGGUUGCUUCCCAAGGGUCAAAAUAAUCCACACAUCGUCAAAAAUACAUGGCCAGAUUUACAUUCCAGAGAUAAACUGGACAUUAAUGCUGCUAUGCUUGGCUGUUACUAUUGGUUUCAGAGACACAAAACACAUAAGUAAUGCAUCAGGUUUGGCAGUUAUAACUGUUAUGCUGGUGACGACCUGCCUAAUGUCUCUUGUUAUAAUCCUGUGCUGGCACAAAAGCGUCUUUCUAGCCAUUUGCUUUAUAUUUUUCUUUGGAUCUGUUGAAGCGCUCUACUUCUCAGCUUCCCUUAUUAAGUUCCGAGAAGGGGCUUGGGUCCCUGUUGCCCUCUCAUUAAUCUUUCUUAUAAUUAUGAACGUUUGGCACUAUGGCACACUAAAAAAAUACGAGUUCGAUGUUCAAAACAAGGUUUCCAUCGACUGGCUCCUCAGUUUGAGUCCAAAUCUGGGAAUCAAGCGGGUUCGUGGCAUUGGCCUCAUACACACUGAGCUUGUAUCUGGAAUCCCAGCCAUUUUCUCCCACUUCGUUACUAAUCUCCCCGCUUUUCAUCAAGUUUUAGUCUUUCUCUGCAUCAAGUCAGUACCAGUGCCUCAUGUAAGACCUGAGGAAAGGUUCCUAGUGGGAAGAAUUGGACCAAAGGAGUACAGGCUCUACCGGUGCAUAGCACGAUAUGGUUAUCAUGACAUACACAUGGAUGAUGUUGAGUUUGAAAAGGAUCUUGUUUGUAGUAUUGCUGAAUUUAUCCGUUCACAGAAGCCAGAAUCGGACAUCAAAGAUCUGGAGGAUGAUGAAAAGAUGACUGUUGUGGGCACAGCUUCAACAAAUUUAGAUGGUAUUAGGAUGUGUGACUAUGAUUAUUCAGAUUCUUCUCAAAUGGCUGGUACAUCAGAACUAAGGGAAAUUAUGUCACCAGAGAUUCCAAGGAAGAGAGUGAGAUUUCUUUUGCCAGAGAGUCCUCAGGUCGACACAAGUACACGAGAGGAGUUGCAGGAAUUGAUGGAAGCAAGGGAGGCAGGGAUGGCAUUCAUACUGGGGCAUUGUUAUGUUAGAGCAAAGAGGGGUUCAAGUUUGAUGAAAAGAUUUGUGAUUAACUUAGGAUAUGAUUUCUUGAGGAGGAACUCUCGGGGUCCAACGUACGCGCUAAGCCUUCCUCGUGCAUCAACUCUAGAGGUGGGCAUGAUCUACCAUGUUUAA